AUGGACAGUCGUCCCUCAAAGAGACGCAAAUCCGACAAGGAUGAUCCUUCUGUAUCACGGUCUCGAUCUAUUAAAUCUUCUAAAUCUGCAGAAAUAAAUCCCUCUGAACCCGUCACCCUCUCCUCUCGUCCUAAACCAGAAUCGCGCGCAUCAAACCGCCUGCCCUCGUCCUCGCCCUCUCCAAUUAAAAAGACCAAGUCGUCACCAAAGCCAGAUUCCAAGUCCAAGUCCUUGCAUACUUUUUUCAACCCGGCGACGGAAACACAACGAUGGGCUCCCCCGAAGCCCGAGAAGAAACAAGCCCUCCCACCAGUCAUAGAGACCGUGGAUGUCGAUCUGAUCGAAGACGACUAUGAUUCCUACGACGAGAUAUUCACUCAACAUCUGGCCAGAGAGCGGACGGGUCUGGCGGCUAGUGUAGGCUCCAAGACGCGUCCUCCUGCGCCUAAACCACCUCCCCAACCGCGAAAAAAGACACAAUCAAAACGAUUCAUCUUACCACCAGAUGAACCGAGUCGAGCUCGGAACAAGCAGGUAACCCCCCAGCUGGCUGGGGAGUCUGACCUGCGCCCAUGGGCUCAACGAUUCGCCCCAGCUAAUCUAGGCGAGUUGGCUGUCCACAAGAAAAAGGUCUCCGACGUGCAACAUUGGCUGGAAGAUGCCUUUUCAGGGAGACAGCCGGAGAGGUUACUCGUCCUGCGCGGUCCGGCAGGCAGUGGGAAAACCACUACUAUCAAUCUUCUUUCCGAAUCAGUUGGUUAUGAUAUUAUCGAAUGGAAGAAUCCACCCGUUUUGGAUUUUGGCUCCAGGGACUAUCAAUCUGUGAGCGCUCACUUUGAGGAAUUUCUUGGACGUGGUGAUAAGUUUGGAGGACUUGACCUUGAGGGUACCGACAGUUUCGAUGCCCAGCAAGAGAAGUCUCGGGAUCAUCGAAUCCUGCUCAUCGAGGAGUUUCCAACAGUACUGACUCGGGGCUCCUCGCACAUCACUUCUUUCCGAGCGUCUCUGCAGCGCUAUUUGGCGGCCGCGACCACUGAUCAUACACUUGGCAUGGCUGGUUUGGCCCAUCCACCUGUUGUAAUCAUUGUAUCUGAAACACUGCUGGGGUCUGCAUCCUCAAUCUCAGACAACCUGACAGUCCAUCGAUUACUGGGGCCAGCCAUCUACAAUCACCCCGGGACGACGAUUCUCGAUUUCAAUGCCAUAGCACCUACAUUCAUGCAAAAGGCCCUACGAUCUAUUCUGGACAGAGAAGCGCGCGAAUCAAAUCGUGUACAACUUCCCGGCCCGGGAGUGAUCGAUAAAAUCUCUGAAAUUGGAGAUAUUCGAAGUGCAAUAUCAUCGCUUGAAUUCCUAUGCCUUAAGAGAGAAGGUGCCGGUAGAUGGGGUGGUAAUGUGGCCAAAACAAAAAAGGCCAGAGCCGAGGUCGCCCUGACGGCGAUGGAGCAAGAGUCUCUCAAGAUAAUCACGCAGAGAGAGGCCAGUUUGGGCAUGUUCCACGCCGUUGGGAAGAUAGUAUACAACAAGCGGAUGGACCCCAGUCUCGUCGAGGACAAUGUCGAGAUUCUUCCACCACCACCAGACUACUUGCGUCACUUCCACCGACCGAAAACCUCGCAGGUCUUGGUGAAUGAUCUGGUUGAUGAGACCGGAACAGACAUCUCAACCUUUGUCAGUGCUCUUCAUGAGAACUACCCACCGUCUUGUGACGGGAACGACUUUACGGAUUCUUUCAACAGCUGCAUCGAGGCACUCUCCGACAGCGAUAUUCUCAGCGCCGACCGCCGAAUAGGAGGCGCGCGCGCAGGAAUCGGUACCGGAGCUACUUCAUUCAGUAGCGGUAUUGAUGUACUCCGACAGGAGGAAAUGAGCUUCCAGGUUGCGGCGCGGGGCCUUCUUUUCGCGCUUCCAUACCCAGUGAAGCGAAAAGUUGGGUCAGGGGCUGCUCGAAGCCGCGUCGGUGAUGCCCACAAGAUGUUCUAUCCAGCAUCUCUGCGACUCUGGAGGGAAUCUGAAGAAAUCGACGGGCUCAUUGAUUCAUGGACCAAUCGGUUACUCGACCCUUUCGGUCAGUCUUUGACAGACUCAAACUAUGAUUUGACUGGUGUCAAAUCCUGGAAAACCCUCCAGGCAGGGAAGUCGGCGACAAUCAAUGCAAGUGCUAAAGACAAGCUCGCGAGCGUGAUCACCAUGAUACCUCGCCAUGAUCUUCUCCUGCAUCAGUUGCCCUACAUGGCUACUAUCCGACAUAAUGAUCCAGAGAGUUGGCAAUUGGAUAAGAUAACCAGCAUCAAGUCCAAUGUUAGUCUCCGUGAGGAUGGCAUGGAAGAUGCAGAGGAAUCUCCUCGACAAUGGCGGUCGAAGCAGCCCAGUAGUAAUGGCUUUGGACCUCGGCUUCCCCAGGAAGAAGAGAAGCUGUAUUUAAGUGACGAUGACAUAGUGGAUUAA